AUGGAAGCUGAAGAAAUUCUCCAACUCUUGGAUUCUUACUGGUUUCAACAUGGAUUUUUUACUCACAAACAUGAUAAUCAAGAAUCAAUGGUUUGUGCCGUGCCAAACCCGAGCCUUUUAGAAGUCUCCGUGCGACAUAGACAGACCCUUCAAGUCCGAUCCUUUAGCGACCAAGGUAUAGUCCACGAUGCAUGUUUCAGUCAAGAAACAGCAACUUCACCUAAUUCAGUCAAACCAAAGUUGCAGAGGAUAUUAUCUGGGAAAGAAAUAACUCAAUCCUCAAAUGACGAAGCCGAUGAGGAGAAACCGAAACCCACUAAAGGAAAAACGGGGAGACGAAAAGGUAUGAGCAAAAGCUUAUCAGAACUUGAAUUUAAGGAGCUUAAAGGAUUCAUGGACUUGGGAUUUGAGUUUACUGAAAAAGAUAAGAGUUCGAGCUGCUUAGUUUCAAUCAUUCCUGGACUGCAACAUUGGGGGGAAAUAGAUGUGAAUGAAAAUAAUUGGGAAAAAGUUUCAAGGCCUUAUCUCUCUGAAUCAUGGGGUGUUUUGAACCAAAGAAAGGCACAUAGUCCUUUGAUGAAAUGGGAAACUCUUGGUUCCGUACAUGAUGAAAUCAACAUGAAAGACCAACUCAGAGUUUGGGCUCAAUCUGUUGCAUCAACUGUUAGAUGGAGUUGA